GACGUAAACACAUCAAACCGAAUUAAAUUUGUACAUAUAAUAUAUUCUUUCAGUCUUUAUUCGUCUAAAAUUGCGAUUACUCGUUUACAUGAUUUGAUGUGAUAAACAAAAUGAUUAGGUGCAUCAAGUGUGAGUAAAUAAAAUUGAAUUGCAUUUGGGAAAAUAAAGUGAUUGCUAAGUGAAAUUUUGGAUCUACCCGAAACGAAAGAUGAGUGAGGCAGCUACUGCUAAUGAAUUGGCUGCACAGCCACAAGGUGAUGUGACGGCAGACACUACAGACGAUGCCACCAAAAUUGAUGAUGAGAAGAAGGAACGAGACGAAUUGGAGAAUUAUAUUGCGGAAUUGAAAGGAAAAAUUGAACAAAAAACCAAAUUGAGAAAUGAAAAUCUCAAUUGUUCUCGUCCCGGUGAAGAAUACUUCUUCAAACUGGAUUCGAGUUUGAAGAAAAACACGACAUUCGUUAAAAAACUCAAGCAAUUUACAACCGCACAGUUGGAUUCAUUGUUGAAAGAUAUGUCAACACUGAACCUAACCAAAUACAUUUCGGAAGUGAGUUCAGCGCUUAGCGAAGCCAAACUUAAGUUGACCGAUGUGAGUGCAGCAAUUACACUAAGCACCGAAUUGCAUAAAAUUUAUGCCGAUUUUUCGAAUGCAUUCUAUGAAAAUUGGCAGAAGAUUCUAAGUCUUAAGGCCGGCGAAAAAGUCCAAAAUCCAAGCAAAUUACGUGUCGAUUUAAAAUUCUUUGCCGAAUUGGUUUCGGUUGGAAUUUUUAGCAACAAGCAAGGACUACCAUUACUCGGUUCGAUACUGAUGAGUUUAAUUGCUCAGGACAAAGAAGACUUCAACAAUUUAUCGAUUGUGCUUUCAUUCUGUCGUCACUGUGGCGAAGAAUAUGCUGGAUUAGUACCAAAAUCCAUUUUGACAUUGGCUGAGAAAUACUCGGUGGAGUUGCCAUCAUCAACAUUGCUUACAUCCGAACGGCAGCAAAAUUUGAAAAAUUUGCUCAAAGACUACUACACUUGCUUGGCAAAGCAUUUGAAAAACGAACACAAGGAAUAUCAAUCGGCACUGCGACUGCAUAAGAAAAUUCUCGAAUCGAAAGGUGAGGUGUCAACCGAUCGUAAAGAGAAGUUGGAAGCAUUGCAAACGAACUAUGAAAAACUUUUAUCGUCAUCGCAAACCAUGUCCGAUUUAUUGAAUGAGGAGAUGCCGGAUUUACCAAAAGACGAACAAGUACAAAGUGGUGGCGUUGUUCUUGAUAUGAUCGAUGAUUCAAAUGACACACAAUUGGAUCCAUGGGGCGAUGAAGAGACGAAAAGUUUCUACAUUGAUUUGCCCGAUCUAAGAUUGUUUCUACCAAAUUAUGCACCCAAAAUCCAAGAUCCGAUUGUGCCCGAUGAGCCGACAUUAACCGAAGAAGCGUUGGACAUGGAUAUUGUGCCUGAACAACUUGAAGUUGAAGAAUCAACUGUACUCGCUGAAGAAGGUGGCAAAAGCAGUACACCAGAACCCAUUUUACCGGACGAAGCAACUGCAGCAGCAUCUAGUACUAGCGUCAGUGCAAAUCGUCAACAAUUUGCAAAUUUCUUGAAAAAUCUCGUCAAUUGCGUUAACAAAGAGCUCAUCGAUUCAGCUGCAAUUGAAUUUUUGCUCAAUUUAAACACGAAAAGCAAUAGGAAAAAGUUAACAACAGCCAUUUUUGGCGUUAAAAGAACUCGUUUGGAUUUAUUGCCAUUCUUCGCGCGGUUGGUGGCCACCAUAAACCUUGUGUCAAGAGACGUGGCCGUUGAUUUGUGUCAAAAACUGAAGAACGAAUUCAAGUAUCAUAUCGCAAAAAAGAACCAAAUGAAUAUUGAAUCGAAGAUAAAAGUGGUUCGGUUCAUUGGUGAAAUGACAAAAUUCGGUUUAUAUUCGAAAAUUGAAGCAUUAUUUUGUCUGAAAAUCUUACUUCAUGAUUUUCAACAUCAUCAAAUCGAAAUGACGUGCGCAUUUCUUGAAGUUGCCGGCCAAUAUUUGUACAAUUGCAAGGACAGUCGUCUUCGAACCAGCGUUUAUUUGGAGCAAAUGAUGAGAUUGAAAACGGUGUCGGCGCUUGAUUCACGGCACGUCGUACAAAUUGAAAAUUCAUAUUAUUUAGUAAAGCCACCAGAAGGUGUAGCUACCACAAAAAAGAUUCGGACACCAAUGCAAAUGUAUAUUCGAUACCUCAUUUAUGAAGAAUUGAACAAGGGAAAUGUUGAUAAAAUUAUAAAAUACAUGCGUCGAUUGAAUUGGGAUGACAAAGAUACAUACGAUUACAUUGUUAAAUGUCUGUCCAAAGCAUACAAUAUUCGAUAUUAUAAUAUUCGUUGUUUGGCCGAUUUGGCAAGUGGCAUCAGUUCGUAUCAGGAUAAGGCGAUUGUUCGGGUAAUUGAUACCGUAUUUGAGGAUAUUCGAGCUGGUUUGGAAAUUCAUUCACCGAAAUUGGCACAACGGCGCAUUGCAAUGGCGAAAUAUCUUGGUGAAUUGUACAAUUAUCGUUUAAUUGAAUCGAGCAAUGUGCUAAAUACAUUGUAUUCAAUCAUUUCAUUGGGCGUGACAUUCAAUCAUGAAAUUGUCUCCGAGAUGGAUCCACCCGGAAGUCUAUUUCGAUUGAAGUUGGCAUGUGUUCUACUGGAAACAUGCGGGCAGUACUUUACCAGCGCAGUGAGUCGAAAAAAAUUGGAUUACUUUUUGAUAUUCUUUCAGAAUUAUUACUGGUUCAAGAAGAGUGAUCCGAUUUUUAGUAGCAUCGAAAAUACUUCGGAUCUGUUUCCGAUUCUCACCGAUCAUUAUUUCAAAGAGUGCAUCCUAGCGAUACGUCCAAAAUUAAAAUUGUAUCAGAGCUACGAACAAGCCAAAGAAGAAGUUUCAAAAUUACAACAAGAACUGUAUCCCAAUCUAUUCUCUGAGAAUAAUGAGACUGAUUCGUUGGGCACCAUCGCCGAAGAAGAGGGAAAUGAACAAACUGAUACCAAUAACGACAACACAGAAGAUACUUCCGAAGCAUUAGGUUCAGACGAUGAAGUACGGCAACGGCGUACAGAUGAUGAAAAUAGUCCGGAUGACUAUGGAACUGAUGCGGGUGUCGAUGCAAUAGAUGAUGAUCUUUCGCCCUCGAAUGAACCUGAUCCGGCAGCAUUACCGCGUGAAAAGCAACGCACUCAGGAAGACAUUGAAUUCGAAGAGGCGUUCGACAAAAUGUACGUUGAUAGCUAUCAAGAACGUUUACGAGAAUCAGUGAAAGCCAGCAAAGAUAUUGCCGUACCGAUGAUGGCGCGAGCUGGCAACAAAAAAACAUACGACCAAAUUCAAAGCAAUGAAAAUGUCCAAGAGAAGAAAGACACAGUGCCAUUUGUAUUGAUGCUACGCGGUUCGAAAGGUGGCAAACAGCAGCAAUUCAAAGUGUUCUCAGCACCAACCGACAGUGCCUUGGCCAUUAAUUUACGUUUGCAAGAGCAAAAAAUACGCGAAGAAAACGAAAAAGUCAAACGACUCACAUUGAAUAUUACCGAACGUAUCGAAGAGGAAGACUAUCAAGAAUCAUUGCUUCAAAAUCAACGAUCACCAGCACAGAAUCGACAAAGUCAACAAAAAUCACAGAAACAACAAAAAUACAAACAUCAAAAAGGUGCACCGGAUGCUGAUUUAAUCUUUGGCUAAUUACUAAUUUGAUUCAACAUUUAAAUUCAUCACAAAAUAGAUGUAUGAUUUUAUUCAAAAGCAUUGAUUUUGAGAGUUGUAUGUAUUUUAAUAGAAAAUACUGGCAA